CGUAGAUCCAACUUCAUCCAUAUAUCCACCAUACGCACGUUGAAUUCUCAGCGAUUGGAUUGACCAGUCGCGGCAGUAUGAUCUGCAAAUGAAUCCGAGCGAUGCGAGAGGCUGUGGAGGCUGAGGAAGCUUGGCAGUCAAUCUCGUGUCACAACGCGAUGCCGUCCAGGUCGUCCCCGCACAGUGGGGUAAACACUGGCAAAUAAUGCCAGGGCGUCAUGGCGACUAACAACAUAGGACAGCCGCUGGCACACGGUGAAUGCGUGAGCGCAAAGGUCCCUUCAUCCUACCCUCCACCGGUGCAAACCCAGGGCAUCCAAGUCACUCGCCUACCUACCUCUGCCUCCGAGUCUACGGCCCAAGACGACGCACACUCGACACUCCACAUCUACCCGCACAAAGAUCGACACACACACAUAAAACCCACCAAGGACCUCUCGAAAGAAAGCUCCUGGGGCAAGGCUGCGCGCAAAGCCCGCAAAGAGCACAAAGAGAACGGCAACGUCCUCGAAGUGUCGGAAAGUGCAGAUGGCGAGGGAGCUUUCUUCCUCCAUUCUCCGUACUUGGCCUUCCACGACCCGCCAAAGGUUCUGUACAUGGGCGCGGACAGGAAUGCAACACCAAUCAUGCUUAUACAUGGUGGCGCAUUCUGGAGGAAAUACAAGCUGCAGCUGGGCUCCUCCAUCGGUACUCCAGGGGUCAUUGACCCGAGGGGUGUCGUGUGUUGGAAACACAACGGCGGCGACAAGCACGAUUUGAAGGCAGACGACAAAAAGCUCAAGGGAUACAAAGUCCGAACGUGGAGGCUCUGGGGCGAAACUGGCAAAGCGUAUGUCCACGGCACAAAAGCCAACCGCAAAGCUGGCAUUAGACCAGACCCUGAUGUCCUCGACGACUUGGGAUAUGGAGAGGAUGGCGAGAUAAUAGAGCCAGCAAGAGCCGAAGAAGUCGUCUACUUGAAAUGGGAACGCCCCUUUUCCCGCCACACGCGACGCUACCACUUCCAAUACGCGGGCGUCGACUUCUACUGGAAGGGCACUGGAACUGUCAAGAAGUCCGGCUCAUGCGGCUUCUUCGUCCGGUUCAACCAUCUGAAGCUCGUCGCAAAGAUUCCGGUCGCUGCAGCCAGCAAGAAGGAUCGACCGGAGGUGUGUCUAGCAAAGUACACGUGUUCGCUUUCUGGGGGAAAGUGUGGUAAGCUCGAUAUUUUCGAUACGGCACUUCUGCGGUUGGCCGAGGAGUAUGUGCAGCCUAUUGGCGAGAUAGGGAUAGAACAGGAAGAGGCUGUGAAGAUAGCGAGACUGAAGAAGACGCUGCUGUACCAGAUUGUCAUAGCUACGGGUCUGUGCAUGGUGAGCGCGGAGAAGGAGAAGCGCAAGGCUGUGUGGGAGUGGCUGCAAGAAGCUGGAGAGGGUGCUGGUGGAUGAGCUGACAGUGUUUGAUACCCCUUUUCAUUACGAUCUUUCUCUAGUCUACUUUCCUGCCCUUCGUUAUUCUCGUGCGGUCUUGUUCGUAGACCUUGAGUAUUGCCCGACCCUUUGGCAGGGCGUCCGUCUUCCUCGCAAUAGCAUUUUUGGCAUGCUUCAACGUCUAAUAUCUUUACAUUGCCAUCGUCAAUUUCCAAAACUUACUUCUCCGGCCGUAAACCUCG